AUGCCCACUAUCCUUCCAGUUCAAAAAUCAGAUCUCCCCGACGCAGCAAAUCUUAUCCACACUUCCAAACUAGCGCUCCCAAUCAACCGUCUCCUCUACAAAAACUGGCCUGCGGAUGCAGCGCAGGAGGAGCAAUGCCUUAAUGCCGUUACCGGGGCAUUCCAUAAUCCGACAAUGGAAAGCUUCAAGGUCGUGGAUCCAGAUACGCAAGAGAUGGUUGCAUAUCUUGUGCUUACUCGAGAGAAGGGGAAAGUGGUAAAAAUGGGGGAUGAGGUGAAGACGGCGAAAGAAAAUACCAUUGAGAGAUUCGAUGAGAGGAUCUUGGAGUGGGUGGAGAAGAGUAGUCUUUUUUUGAGAGAGGACUUUGAGGGGCGUGAUCACUUCAGUGGGUUUCCCUAG